AUGCUUAUCACACAUUCCAAGUUCCCCUCGACAUCUCUAGAUUAUUGUAUCAUGAACGGAAAACAGCCACAGUCGAGUGAUAGAGCCAAUGCUUCUAAUGGGCUCAUCAAUGAACAAUCGCCUCUUCUCUCCCACGGCCCUGCAAAGCCUCAUCCUCCUCAACAGACUAACAAUCCAGAGAGUUCGUCGUUGAAAGAUGAGCCCUCAACUAGGUAUCUUGUCGCUGUUUUCGGCAGUGUCUUCACCGGUGUUUUCCUCGCUGCCCUCGACACUACCAUCGUCGCAACCCUCUCCGUCCCCAUCUCCAGCACUUUCGGAUCGCUGACCCUCGUCUCCUGGCUUGGAUCAUCCUACCUUAUCGCAAACGCAGCCUGCCAGCCUCUGUCCGGUCGACUAACCGAUAUUUUCUCCCGUCGCUCUGGCCUCGUGGUCUGCAACAUACUCUUCGGGCUUGGAACGUUAGUUUGCGGAGUUGCGAACUCCAAAUGGAUGCUUCUCACGGGACGGGUUGUGGCGGGCAUGGGUGGCGGGGGUCUCAAUGCCAUAACGGCGUUCGUGGCCAGUGAUCUCGUUCCAUUGAGAAGACGUGGCGUUAUCCAAGGCUUCGUCCAUAUUUGUUAUGGUGUUGGCGCUGGUCUUGGUGGUUUGUUUGGAGGCUGCAUUAAUGACCUCUGGGGCUGGAGGGCUGCCUUCCUGAGUCGCGUGCCAUUGAUUGCCAUCUCCACCAUUCUCGUCUCCAUUACCCUACGCAAUGCCCCCACCAAAGAGAGUGAUAAGUCGAGAUUGUCGCGGGUGGACUUCUCGGGUGCUCUCACACUAUCCUUGACUCUUAUUCUGUUACUGCUGGGCCUCAACUCUGGUGGAAAUCUCGUUUCAUGGACUCAUCCACUUGUCAUAGUCUCCCUGUCGCUCACCGUGGUAGCUGCUGGGGUUUUCGUUCUUGUGGAAUCGAGAUGGGCCACGGAGCCUAUCAUUCCCAUGCACUUAUUGCUUGAUCAGACAGUACUUGCGGCAUGUCUGAUGAAUUGCCUUGUGACUAUGAUCCUAUUCAUGGCUACAUAUUACGUCCCAAUCUACUUUCAGGUCAAUGGCUACUCCGCAACAGUGGCCGGCCUCCGUCUCUUACCUCAGAGUGUAGGCACUGCCCUGAGUUCUCUCACCUGUGGCUUCAUCAUGAAACGGACAGGGAGAUACAGAACUCUGGGCAUGGCCGUUAUAGCUUGUUCUGCUUUAGGUUUUGUUGGCCUGAGCACUAUGACAAUCCAAACACCGACUCCCCUCGUCUUGACUUAUGUCUUCCUGGUUGGAGCGGGCUAUGGUGGCAUGUUAUCGGUGUCACUACUCGCAACAGUCGCGGCUGUGUCACAUGAUGAUCAGGCUGUUGCAACCUCUGCCAACUACGCAUUCCGGUCGAUGGGUUCCACGAUUGGUGUCACGAUCGCUUCGGUAGUGUAUCAGAAUUUGCUACAACGCGGUUUACAUCAACGCUUCGACAGCAAGGAAGGAUCUACUGAGUUAAUAAAACGCCUUCUUGACUCUUUAGAUGAGUUGAAGCGACUCCCUGAUGGAUGGAGUGACGGCGUUUACAAGGCGUACGAGAUUUCAUUACGAGGAGUCUUUUUGACUGGUCUUGGUGUAGCCGUCUUGGGGCUGAUCGCAGCAAGCUUCAUCAAGGAGCACAAAUUGCAUCAUACGAUUUCUCGUGCAGAUAACGAUUGA